CACACACACACUGAAAGAGGAAGUAGGCGCAGCAGAGAGGAAGAAAGAAGUAUCAUCAGUCUUUCUUCUCAUAUGACGUGUGUUUAAACUGUAAUGAUGGCGAGACUGAGCGAACACGGAAUCCGCCUCAGCUCUAUGAGCCCGUCGUACCUGGAGAGCAACUCCACCAGUCACACAUGGCCCUUCAGUGCUGUCGCAGAACUCAUAGAUAAUGCAUCUGACCCUGGCGUAACAGCCAAGAACAUUUGGAUAGAUGUGGUGACGGUCAGAGACCAGUUGUGUCUCAGUUUUAUGGAUAACGGCAGCGGUAUGACGCCUAACAAGCUUCACAAAAUGCUCAGUUUUGGGUUCACAGAAAAGGGUUCUGGUAAAAGCGGUCAUCAGCCCAUCGGCGUGUACGGUAACGGGUUUAAGUCGGGUUCGAUGCGUCUAGGUCGUGACGCUCUGAUCUUUACGAAGAACGGUGGCUGUCAGAGCGUGGGUAUGCUGUCUCAAAGCUUCUUGCAGGCCAUCAAAGCUCAAGCUGUGAUCGUACCCAUCGCCCCAUUCAACCAACAGACCAAGGCGCUCGUGGUAACAGAAGAUUCAGAGGCGAGUUUGAGAGCCAUCCUGAGACAUUCUCUCUUUCAGAGUGUAUCUGAGUUACAGGAGCAGCUAGACUCCAUACAGGGCAAGAAAGGCACCAAGAUUCUCAUCUGGAACAUUCGCAGAAAUAAAGAUGAAAAGCCGGAGUUUGAUUUUGACACAGAUGCGGAGGACAUCCGUCUGCCAGAGAUCCGUUCAGAGGAGGCUCACGGAAAAUGGAGGAGAGAUUAUUACAAGCAUCGCAGAGACAAUCACGUUCCUGAGAUGGAGUAUUCUCUCCGAGCAUAUCUCAGUAUCCUUUACCUGAAGCCCAGGAUUCAAAUCAUUCUGCGACAGAAGAAAGUUCAGACUAAACUGGUUGCUAAGAGUCUGUCGAUGAUUGAGAACGACGUCUAUAAACCUCAUUUCAUCAAUGAGCGAGUGAAAAUCACAUUUGGAUUCAACCUGAAAAAUAAGGAGCACUUUGGCAUUAUGAUGUACCAUAAAAACAGACUCAUAAAGGCUUAUGAGAAAGUUGGCUGUCAAAUCAAGUCAUCAGGUCAAAGGUCAGGGGUUGGGGUCAUUGGAGUGAUUGAGUGCAACUUCCUCAAGCCUGCUCAUAACAAGCAGGAUUUUGAGUACACCAAAGAGUACAGACUUACUCUAGCCGCACUUGGUCUCAAACUAAAUGACUACUGGCGUGAAAAGAAGGAAAAGAAAGCAAAAGAGAGAGAGUUUCAGGCCUUAGAGAGAAAAAACAAAGAGGGUGACACUGAGGAAGAGGAGGAAGAGGAUGAGGAAGAGGAAGAGGAUGAGGAAGUUGACGUGUCAUGGAUUCAAUGUGAAGAGUGUUUGAAAUGGAGAGGAGUCGCCACUCACCUGUUCGCUGGAAAGGUACCUGAUCCGUUCAGGUGUAGCAUGCAUCCAAUAGCACGCUUACGGAGCUGUUUGUUACCAGAGGAUACAGAAGACAAUGCUGAUGUCACACCCAGCUAUGAAAAAACAUUCAAAAAACAGGAAAAUGCCUCUGUUAAGAGAAGAGGAAGAUCCUUGGAGAUGAGUAAAAGCCCAGUGCAUCCACUUUGUAGAGGACUAUCUGAUCCUGAAUCAGAGACCAAACAGGAUGAAGUCACGGUUACCAUGGUGAUAGAUACACAGGAUACAGAUGAGGAUGGAGUCAAAGUUGCCGCCACUGAAGAGGAAGAGUCUUCACCGUCUCCGAGAAAAAGAAGAAAGGAAACAUGUUCACAUGUGGAAAAGGGCAAAAAGUCGCCAAAUCGUGCUGGAACUCCAGAACUCCCCCUUGAUGAAGACACAGAAACAACAGACAAAAUACAUGAACCAGAAACAAAUAGCACCACAACGCCAUCUGGAGAUACGGUGGCCCAGGAGUACAAUAUUCAGCCAGAGGCCUCAGUACUUGAGAGUCCCGUGGAGCCGCAGAUUUCCCAGGGGCCAUCGCAGCCUAAAGAUCAGCCCAGAAUCCCCCUUCACCCUCUCUCGCCCCACACCUCCAUGACCAUGGCUCAGACCGUUGUCGUCACCCCUCUGAGCCGCACAGGAUUUCAGCCCGUUUCACCAUUGCCGACGGAUGGCUCGGACCGCACGGCUUUAACUCAGAGACUCGCUCAACUCGACCGGGAAGCCAAGCGCUUAAAAAGAAUCCUAGGUAUCCGUGAGCCGGUUACGGAGGUUGCCUUGGUAAUGGAGGGAGAAGGGGCCGGGCCAUCUGAUGCCACCACAAAUGAGGAGCGACUUGCGCAAAAUGGUGAUUCAGUGUCAUGUGACCAAAAUGCAGAAAGAUUGACCCCCAUGUCAAAUGAGUCCAGGGGGGAGGAGCUCUCAGUUUGUCAGAAAUCAGAGGAACAGGCAAACAGGCCCCCUCUGCAGCAAAGCAGUACUCCACCUGUCCAAAAGGGGGCAGAAACGAGUCCUAAAGAUGAGCUCUACUGGAGUAAGACAUUAGCAAAACUCCAGAGUGAGAACCAGGCGUUAUCAGACGAUCUGAACAAGCUGAAAACUGAGAGAGACCAACUACUGAUCCAACUGAGACAAACUGAGAGAGACGCACAUGAGAGGAGAGACCAGAGCACCAACACACCCAGUCACACUUAUAACAGCAGUGUCACAUUGGAAAGGUUGCGAUCCAUCCGUCGGAAUGUGGUUGCAUUGCUCUCCUCUAUCCUGCCAAACCUGGAUAUGCAGGGCAUCAGCUACGACACCAUUGACGUUGACAGCAUCCUACAACAGAUCAUCCAAGCCAAUAACCUCUGAUCCUGGAACCGUGAUUAGAGAAGGGCCCCAUGAAACAAGGGCCCACCACUAAUGGCUGCCUUAUAACAGAUGCCAUAAAGCUUUUGGGAUCAAAACGAGGAUGUCUACAGUGCCUAUAAUCUCACGUUCUUUAGAAACCGUUUUUCUUGAAACCACAUUCUGGUGAAUGAAUGUCACGAAACAUGAAGAUCACAUCUGGGUCUUAUUUCACCUAAAAAAAUCAUAUUUUUGCAUAUACAAAGUAAAGCCUAUUUAAGACUAUUACGAUUUUGUUUUGCAAUGAUUUGCAUGCCAAUUAACCACAUUCUCUCCUCCCAAAUGCUUACUACUAUAAUAGAAAAAUGUCUCUUUGUCAUUAAUAUAAUGGGGAAAAAAAAUACAUUUGAAUUGUAAAGUAUAUAUGCAUCAUGGUAGUAUUUGUUGUACUGCCUUACAUUUAUGCGGAUUAAAAUUUUUGAAUUGCAUUUCAGUAUUUUACUAUAAAUAACUAUUAUCGCAAGGAGAAUCUAAUGAGAAUCUUGAUUGAUGGGAAUUACAACAACAACAACAAAGAAAGGUCCAUAUGCAUUAUACUAAUGAGAAUUUUGGGGAGAAAUGUGCUUAAUUGUCAUGAAAAUGUCAAAAUGAAAAAGGUUCUUAAUAGUCUCUUAUUUUCUUAAUAAAAAAAUAUUUUGUAGUUUUUAUUUUGUAGUGAAGUAUCAGGGAAUAAAAAGCAUGAAAAAAGAAAAUUAUGUUACUGUAGCAUUGCUGCUGACACAAACAGCAUUACAAUUCAAAUGAUACAUUUAAAGUACAUCUCAUAUGGGAGGUUAAAGCUUCAUUUCACACAAAAACACAUGCACUCACUAUCUAUUUGAAAUCUAAUAAGACCUCAUUGUGGUUUUACAGCAACAUUAAUAGACAUUCAUAUGCAUGAGUGUACCAGGCGCUGUGACCUAAUGGAACAUAUUUUAUGCCUGAGACAUGCAUGCAUCUAUCGUUCCUAAAUCGAUGCAUGCAUGCAUAUCUCGCGCGCACACACACACACACACACACACACCAAACACAGUCUCUACAAGAUAAACAACAUUCGCAAUCACAUCACCACCGACAGGUUUCACACACAGUCAUAACAAUUUGCCGUUAUUCAGCUGCAGCUCUCCUGAUGCUCAAAUAUGAAUCUAUAAGCAGCUUUUGUUUGUACAUAUUUAAACGUGUUCUUUAUAUCAUUAAGAGCUUAUAAAGCAAAACUAAUUUUCUAGAAUUGCCCAUUUUUUAUAUCUUAUUUUGUACUAGAACUUUUGGUCUUAUUUUGCUACCAGAUCUUAAACUUUAACAUGCAUCGCAUUUUUAUUUCACACAUUUUUUGUUUGUCAUGUAAUAAAGGUCAUCAGUGCUGUUUUUUUGUGGUUGUACACUUUCUCUGCUUUCUCACUAUGCUGCUUUUAGUAAAAGAUGACAACAAAUUACUUGGGAAUAUGUAAAGUCAACAUGAAAUGGCGUUCACAACUCAUUUAACUCCUGUAACGUGAUGCUUGUUUGGAUAAGUGAACUUAAAGUGGGUGUGUACAGAAGUUAUGAGGCAUGAUACACUUACAUUUUCCUUAACUUGCCUUUUAUUACAUAAUAAUAAUAAUACACAAUACUGGUUCAUGACAGUCAGUUUUAAAACCUUUAAAUGAGUGGACAUCAGAUAACUACUACUGCAGGUCACUGGAUGAGACAGACCAAAUAAAAUGAAAACGUUCACUCCCGUGAAAUGCAGGAUGAAUGUUGAAACAGUGUUAGUUUGUGCAAUUAAUCAGCGUUGUUAAUAAGAAACACAGUGAAGUGAAGCCAGAGAUAUUUUCACAGUUUAACAGAGGUCACAUGGCAGGUGCGCAGUUUAUACUCACAUUCAUAUUCAUGGUACUAAAUUAGAAAGUUGCUGUUUUAAAAGUGAGAUGUGGAUUAUAUUUGCUUGGGUCAGUCCAAAUUCAGCCGGUUGCUGUCGGCUUGCCACUUAAAUUGGCAGCUAUAAUCCAAUUUUAAAAUCAUUUUAUACAAGUAUUAACACUGCGACUGUGUCAGUGAUUUAAAAAUCGCUAAUUUGUACUGAUUUAGUUGUAUCGAAUUUAGUUUUCAGAUCUGGCCCUGUUUUUAAUGCUUUUUAACCUCACAAAACAAAAAAAUAAUACUGAAGCCAUUGAGAAUCUGUUCUGUAUCGGCUUGACUUAAAGCUAAUUUACGGAGUACAAAAAGACAACUGUUAAAAUUACAAAUAUAGAACAGAGACUGAUAACAAAAUAAAAGCAAAACAAUACAUACAGGAUCAAUCAAAAGAAACAGGACAAAUCAUUGCAUACAUUUUAACAUUAAAACUUACGAUAUUAGAAUGAGUGAUAUGUAACUAUUUACAGAUUAAGAAGCGUGACAACUUCUGAUUGAAUACAAGUGUCCAGUUAACUGAAACUAGCCUUUUAGAACACGUAAUUAAAGAUGAAAAUAAAAUAAGUCUGUCAUUAAAGACCAGGUUAUAGAUUCCUCUCUAUAUACAUACAUAAAACAUAUAUUCUUUUUUAAUUCUUGGUUAAAUGUUUCUAGAACCCCAUUCAUUGGUCUGGCUAAGAGUUCUAGAAUUCUUCAAUUUAAACUUUGUGGAGUUCUUCUCAUCUUCAUUUGAUACAAAAAAGCAUUCUAUAAAGAACUGGAAAUCUAGUUUCAACUUUUACAGACAGCUCCAAAAUAAACUUUAUGGGCUUAAUUCAUAAAACACGAGUGUAAAUCAUUUGUAAACCAUUCUUAUGCUUUUACAUUUUAUUUAUUUAUUUUUU